UCCCACUGCUGAGACAGAAAGCAAACACACAAAGAAUCACACAACAAGAGGACACAACUCUAAAACAGUCUCUGAAGAUGCUGUGCACUCAUGGAUUCCAGUCGGCCCUCGGUCCAGUCGUGGACUUCUACUGGCCUGUACGCAGCCUGUGGCCAGAGGUCAAACCUCUGCUCUGCCAGCAGCAUCUACUGCAGAGAAACCUACAGGAGCUGCACGGCCGUCUGGAGCUGAUGGACAAACUUCAACAGCACAUCCUGCAGCCAGUCUCCUUCCAGCUGGAGAAAGAGGGGGGGCACUUCGGCCUGACCCUGGACACUCGAGGCUUUUCCCCAGAGGAGCUGUCCGUCAGGCAGGUGGGCCGGAAGCUGAGGGUCAGCGGGAAGACGGAGGAGAAGCAGGUCGACGACGGCGACGGGAAAGGCUCCUGCUCGUACAGACUGCAGGAGUUCAGACAGGAGUUUGAUCUGCCCGAGGGGCUGAACCCCGAGGCCGUCACCUGCCGCCUGGCUCCAGACGGGAAGCUCCACAUCCAGGCCGCCAGAGCUCCGCGUGCCGAGGAGGCCGAGAGAGAGCUGACUGUCGAGAGGAGCACGGAGGGGAAAACCCAGCAGAGUGUGUGUUCACACACAUCAGAAGACGGCAGCACUGAGACAGACGACAGAACCUGAACACAUGGAUUGAUCUCAGUGUUGCUGUACUAAUGUGCAGGAAAAGUUUUUAUAAAAGUGUUUUAUGAUAAAUGAGUUUGUCAAAUGGAAGUGUAAACAAUAAAUGCAUUGAAAUUGAAA